UUGUAAUCCACAAGAAACAAACCAAUGUGUCUGGGCUGAGAGUUUAGCUCCGAAUGAGCAGGAAGGAGCUGCGCGGCAAGCUUGUGGACCAUGUAAAGCGGCUGAGGGCCUGCAAUGGAGGAGUCACGGGUCACGCCGGAGCAGGAGAAGCCACAGAAGCGGGUGAGAUUCCGCGUGGCUUCUGGGAACAGUGGCAGAGUCCUGAAGGAGAUUUUCAAAGACGAAGGACCAUCUGACUCCUUGGAUUCGGACUGUACCAGCAGUUCGGACCGAGCCAGUACUCCGUCCACUACUGGAGAUGGACACUUGUGCGGAUGCCUGGGCUCCGAACUGGACGACAGUGAGAGUGAACCUGAUGAUCUGCUCAUGUACGCCGGGGCCACAAAGGACUGGUCCUUCACCACCAAGCGGGUCAACAUUCUCAGUAAAAACGGGACCGUGAGGGGAGUUAAGCACAAAGUGAGCGCGGGUCAAACUCUUUUUGAAAACCUUCCAGAAUCCAACGGUCUGGAGCAGCUGCUUGAAUUCGGCCGGAUCGUGAUCUACACGACAAGUUUCCGAGUGGUCAGGACCACCUUUGAGCGAUGUGAGCUGGUGCGCAAAAUCUUCCAGAACCACAGGGUGAAGUUCGUGGAGAAGAACAUUGCUCUGGACUUUGAAUACGGGAAGGAGCUGGAGGAGCGCUGCAAACGCGUGGGAGAGCCUCCCUCGCUACCUGUGGUGUUCAUUGACGGACACUACCUCGGGGGCGCUGAGAAAAUACUAGGCAUGAAUGAAUCAGGAGAGCUCCAGGAUCUUCUGACAAAAAUUGAGAGGGUCCAGCAACCCCAGACGUGCCAGACCUGCGGGGGCUUUGCCUUCAUCCCGUGCCCAAUGUGCCAUGGCAGUAAGAUGUCUGUGUUCCGCAACUGCUUCACAGAUUCCUUCAAAGCCCUCAAGUGCACUUCCUGCAACGAGAACGGCCUGCAGCCGUGCGCGAGCUGCAGCCACUGAGGACGCAAAGUCACCCAACUUUUGUCUACAGGCCUGGAACCCACACAUGCUGCAGGACUCUUCUUCCAUGGCCAUUAGAACACAUUUUUAAUAAAAUGUAUUUGUACAUGACUAAGAGCUCUUUGUCAGGAAACAGACUCACAACAACA